AUUGUGGAAGAGCGAGAAGAUGCAGUUCUGACACUAGCCGGAAGGUGGCAGCAAAACAUUCUCCCGGUGUGCCACAUGAGGCUGAAUGGUUGCUCUCUCCCCCCCUACAACAAGCCUGCGAUGGUUUCUUCCAGCAUUUAAAGCUGAGCCGCUCCCUCCUCCCCUCAGUGUGCCAGCAGACUGAGCGCGCAGCCAUGGACCGCUUUAGCCAAGUACGGAGUCCCUGCCAGUCCUAGACUAGCUCUCACAUGACUUGAGUGGCGCACAAAAGCAAAAGUUGACGUGUCCUUGUCUCCCAGGGGAGGUGCGGCGGGCGGCGGACAAAAUGCUUCCGUGGAAGAAGAGCAAGUUGGAGCUGAUCGAGGAAGACAAGCCGUCCAAGCAGAAGGGCUAUGCGGUGAGUUUCAACUACGCGGCGCUCGCCUCCUUCGCCAAGUCCUGCCCGGAGAGCGCGCUCUACCGGGUGGGCAACAUGUUCAAGUCCAAGAGGAGGAAGGUGAAGAUCACCGGCGACGACCCCACCUACACGGUGCUCUACCUGGGCAACGCCACCACCAUCCAGUCCAAAGGGGACGGCUGCACGGACGCGGCGGUGGGCAAGAUCUGGGCCAAGAGCGACGCGGGCAAGAGCGGCACCAAGAUGCGCCUGACCGUCAGCUCGCAGGGCGUCCGCAUGGUGCACGUGGACGACAAGGCCGCGAGGCCGGGGCACCUGUACCUGCUGCACCGGAUCACGUACUGCGUGGCCGACCCCCGGCUGCCCAAGGUCUUCGCCUGGAUCUACCGCCACGAGAUGAAGCACAAGGCGGUGAUGCUGCGCUGCCACGCCGUGCUGGUGUCCCGGCCGGAGAAGGCCAAGGCCAUGGCGCUGCUGCUCUACCAGACGUCCGCCACCGCCCUGGCCGAGUUCAAGCGUCUCAAGCGGCGCGACGACGCCCGCCACCAGCAGCAGCAGCUCAUUGGCGAGCGCGGCGUCCCCCUGGUGCCGCUCAGGAAGCUGCUCAACACCCAGUGCUGCUACAAGCCCCCCGUGGAGCGCAGCCGCAGCGCACCCAAGCUGGGCUCCAUCACCGAGGACCCGCUGGGCGAGGAGGAGGAGAAGGAGGAGGAGGAGGAGGAGGAGAAGGAGGAGGAGGAGGAGGAGGAGAAGGCGGCGCACUUCGAGUGCGAGGACGUCCUGGACACGCGGGGCGGCGGCCUGGUCGCCCGCGACGACCAGCAGGAGCUGACUCAGAUCAUCAACCAUUUGGGCGAGAUGAGCAUCGGCAACGACGUGCGGACUCUGAAGGCCGACCUCAAAGUCACCCGCCUGCUCUCGGGAGAAAGCACCGGCAGCGAGUCGUCCGGAGACAGCGACCGGAGACUCUCCAACGGCCUGGAGCGCAUCAGCGUGCAGUCGCCCGCGUGAACAGGUGGCACUACCUCAACUUUCAUGUAGAGGUGGCACUACCUUAACUUUCAUGUAGAGGUGGCACUACCUCAACUUUCAUGUAGAGGUGGCACUACCUUAACUUUCAUGUAGAGGUGGCACUACCUCAACUUUCAUGUAGAGGUGGCACUACCUCAACUUUCAUGUAGAGGUGGCACUACCUCAACUUUCAUGUAGAGGUGGCACUACCUCAACUUUCAUGUAGAGGUGGCACUACCUCAACUUUAAUGUAAAGGUAGCACUAUGUCAACUUUCAUGUAUAGGUGGCACUAUGUCAACUUUCAUGAAAAAGUGGCACUAUGUCAACUUUCAUGUAUAGGUGGCACUAUGUCAACUUUCAUGUAUAGGUGGCAUUAUGUCAACUUUCAUGUAUAGGUGGCACUAUGUCAACUUUCAUGUAUAGGUGGCACUACGUCAACUUUCAUGAAAAAGUGGCACUAUGUCAACUUUCAUGUAUAGGUGGCACUAUGUCAACUUUCAUGUAUAGGUGGCACUAUGUCAACUUUCAUGUAGAGGCGGCACUAUGUCAACUUUCAUGUAUAGGUGGCACUAUGUCAACUUUCAUGUAUAGGUGGCACUAUGUCAACUUUCAUGUAUAGGUGGCACUACGUCAACUUUCAUGUAUAGGUGGCACUAUGUCAACUUUCAUGUAUAGGUGGCACUAUGUCAACUUUCAUGUAUAGGUGGCACUAUGUCAACUUUCAUGUAGAGGUGGCACUAUGUCAACUUUCAUGUAGAGGUGGCACUAUGUCAACUUUCAUGUAUAGGUGGCACUACGUCAACUUUCAUGUAUAGGUGGCACUAUGUCAACUUUCAUGUAUAGGUGGCACUAUGUCAACUUUCAUGUAUAGGUGGC